AUGGAGAAUCAUUUGCACCACCACCACCAUGAACCUGAAGCUUUUCAAGCUUCUCUUCAGGCUUUUGAAUCCCAUGUUUCCAUUUGCUUAACCCAAUUGUCGAAACCCGGAUCAGAGUUCUUGUCCCUGUCAUGGAUUCAAAAAUGUUUUCAGAUCCUUCCAAGCGUCAACAAGGCUUUUGCGAAGCUGGUUGUGGAUAUUGACUACCCCAUGAGUAAAUGGGAGGAGAAUUCUGUGGAGGAGUAUCUCAACUACAGCUUGAGUUUGAUGGAGCUUCUCAAUUCAAUUAGCUCGUCUAUUUCUCAUCUGGGACACGCUCGGCUUGCUCUUUCUCAUGCUUUAGACCUUGUGGAGAAUUCACCUUCUUCGGCUAUUGAGCGUCUCAAGACAAUUCAGAUGAAGGGUUCAAGUUCAAGCAAGGAUAGUUUCAAAGAGACUCAAAACAAGGAAGAUGGUGAAGAAAGUUUUAAUUUUUCCAACAAAGAAAAGAUUGUUCAUCUUGCUUUGACGGAUAUAAAGAGCGUUGGAUUCUGGAUAUGUGGCGUUAUUUUAGCUGGAUUAUCUGGAGAUUCUAAACCAUACUUGGAAAUGAUCAAAAGACUUGGAGGGUUAUCAAGUUCUGCUCUGAGCGAUUUGGAUUCAAGUAUAUGUGAAGCAAUUAACGAAGGGGUUGUGUUGAAGGAGGUGAAAGAGCUAAAUGAUUCAGCUGCUCGCCUUGCAGCUGCAGUUGAAGCUGGAAAUAGCAGUGAUGCAGUAGAGGAAUUGAGAAGAAGAUUGGAGGUUUUUGAGAAGCUGAUGGACGGCUUAACAAAGGAGGUUGAUCAUCUCUUCUCCAAACUUUUAGCUGGGAGAAAUGAAUUGCUUAAUGGCAUUCGAAAAACACUGAAUUAA